AUGUCUCGAUAUAAAAAAGCUCUUUUACAAUUGGCAAUAUCUGCAUUCCUUAUUUUCUCGGUAAAUGCUGAAGAUUGCGGGACUCAAAACCCAAACGGCAAGUGCAAUGCUUCCGCGGGUGAAUGCUGCUCGAAAUGGGGGGGUUUUUGUGGAGUAGACAACGCGUGGUGCAGUGCUGGCAGAAAUAUUUCAUCCUCAACUUCAACUCCAACUUCAACCGAUGCAGAUGCGGAAAAGACUUCAAUACACGACGAUCAUCUGGAUCUUGUUGCUUUCAAUAAGGCUGGCGUGGCACCACUUCUGAUUAUUGUGCAUCUGGCUGUCAAUCUGGAUUCAGUAAAUGCAAUAGCGAUAGUACGACCACUACAUCGAAAACUUUUUCAAACACAACUUCCGGUCUAUGCUCAACUUCGAAUACAUUUGUAUAGACUUUUGACGAUGGUCCUUAUGCCAGUUCUUCGUAUUCUUGGCGAACAGGGAGAUUAUUCAAUGGAAUAUGAUACCGGAGAGUACUUAGAACAAUUGAAACAACAUAACCUACAGCAGCGACAACUAAUAAAUUAUCAACAGAAUCUAUUUCUAAACCAACAGCAUAACUUACAGCAGCAACAACAGCCACCGGGAAACUCAAAUUUAAUGGGCAUGAUGAUAUAUGGCACUACUAAUAUCUUUAGUACUCAUGUAUCAAAUCAAAACGACAAUGAUACUUCGAGUAUUCUCAAUGAUGCAUAUUGGUAA